AUGGAAAAAUCCAACAAGCAAGAUCGAUGCAAGUCACAGAACAGGACCGCCAUUGUGAAUAAUGGCUCUAAUAGUGACGAUAAAGUUGAUCUAUUCAAUCUAGUAUCGAUCGAUAUGCUUGAAAAUCUCAAGACCUGGGAAGAAGUGACUACCUCUUGGAUGAAAGCUGCUGAUAAUUUUUGUCGUUUGAAAGACGAUGAAAUAAAAUCCGAAACAUACCUUCAACUAGCUGAAAUAAUUUUAUUAGCUGUGGUGAAGGUCCCGCGAAGUAUGAUACGCAUUUUUGAAGCUUGGGAGAAUAUUUAUGACGCUGUCAUUGAAGCAUGUUCUCAGGAUUCUAUUCAGUGCUGCACAUUUGUCAUUAAACUAGCAAAUCAAAUAAACCAACUAAUUGCAUGCGAAAAGAUGGAUUGUCGGCUACUUUUCAUUUAUUCACACAUAAUUCGAGCUCAGAUUGAAUAUUUUAAUUAUGAUGUUCUUAAUGAUGUUUUUGUUGGUGACUUUGAUUUGUCUGGAAAGGGAAACGUUCUUGAUAGUUUUUGUAAGCUGCUAAUCAAAAUGCGAAAGCAUUCACUCGAAAUGCUUCUCAAGCAUGCGGAUAAGCAAACUGGCAUUGCUCUUGAACUGAUGUCUAAAUCCGUAUUAAACAUUUUGGAGGCAGCAACAAGCCUAGUAUCUCUAAUGGCUAAACCAGCACACAUUUUGUUUGUUGUUGGCGCUUUAUCUGAAUUCAUGAGCAACUGCCUUGCUUUGGUGACGGAAAAAGGUUUUCGAAUAUUUUGCAAAAGCCAGACAAACGUUAUCGCGCUGGUGAAAACAGCUCUGACUACUUUGAAAAAGCAUUAUUCGGGACCGUACGACAUGUCGUUGCUCAGUCUGUUAGAGCGAGUUUUCAUUAACGGAUUACGUCUGUCACGUUUGCGUCAUUUUCUUGUCAAUUUCUGGCAACAAACAUUUGGUCACGCAAAUCACCUCGAUAUUUUAGAUGAGCUGAGCACUGCUUUGGAGCAGGCCAAAUGUGCAUCGAUAAGUUUCGGUUCGGAACAGCAAGAUUUUUCAGUAAUAGACAAUUCAAAAACAUCAAUAUCUUAUGGGACAAAUUUUAACUUGUCCAUGGAAAAGAGUAACGACAUUGUUAAUAAAAGUAACUUUGAGCAUUCCCCUCUGAAAAGUGCACAGUCUUCACUUUCAAAAUGCAGAACGCUGAAACAUGUGAAGGAUGAAAGUAUGGAAGAAUAUGCAAUUAUUGACGUGUCGCAUUCUGAGAAGAAAAUGAAAUUAACUGAUCACCAGAAAGAAAAACUAAUGAUAAGAAGUGAGAGCCUUCUAUUUCUUACUGACGAAAGUCAAUCGGUCGAUUUGGCAGCACGUAUUCCAGCAGGAUAUAUUGAUAGUUCAUCGCAAGAGAACUCAUCAGUAGUGAAAGCUUCAGAAACAGUAUCAUUGAUUAAAAAAAAUUAUACUGAAGAUAAUUGCAUAGUCGCUCCAAGCACCUACGUUCGAUCCAAAAAUGAGGAUCUGCCCACUGAAAAUAUUAGCGAAAAUAAUAAUAAUGCGAAUGACAUAGGUGGUGGCGAUAGCAAUAUUAACAGAAUAGUAAAAAACUCUGUAGUUUUAGAGAAUACGCAAGUUGAUCAAGCUAUGGGAUUUAAGGAACUUAGCAUAAAUGCUGAUCUUCAAGGUCAAACCAGUGCCAAAGACAAGGUCAGCGGUGAAUCAGCGAUUAUUUUGUUAGAUGAACAUAUGAAAGAUUCGGAACCAGAAGUUUUGGAAGAACCAACACUUUCGAUAAGAUGUGAAACUCCUGAAAUAGCAGAUUCACAUUUGGAAAGCGUGAGCCCGAAGGAGAAUGCAGACGAACCAAUGAGAACACCAAACAGCAUAUUGAAAAAGUGUGGUAGAAGAUCAACUUAUCCGGCAAUCAAAUUCUUUUCAGCCAGUGCAAAAAAAUGCAAACAUGUUCAUUUCGAUGCGUCAACUCUAGACGAUGACGAUAUUUAUGGUCCUCCACGUAGAAAAAUUUUUCGGCGAUCCAGAAAUCUGCUAUUUUCUGAAUUACCGCAGCUUGACAAUCGUUCUGAACCAACUUCGCCUUCAAAGCGAUUGUCUAUAUUGCCCACCAACAAAAAUCCUGCUGAUGCAGUUUUUCCGACGCUAGUCGGAUCAGAGGAAUUGAUUCCACCACAGAUAUAUCUCAAACUGGCUCCAGCAAUGAGUUCCCUUGCUCUGCGAUCUCUAAUGAAGUCACGCGGCGUUGCUACUGUUGGUGAUCUUGCUUGUAUGUCAGAGCAGGAUAUCGAAACAUUUCCAUUUCGAGACCCGAAAUUAAGCCGUUUUCUGGGAGCGCUUGAGGAUUAUUUCAGGAUGAAAAAUAUGGUAAGCAAGGAAGACGCGAUUGAAUUGGAGAAAAUCAUGAAACGUCGAUUAAAUUCGCCUGCUGACUGCUUGAAAGAAGUUCGUCUGCAACCUACUAAUGAACAUGAAGCUAAGACAGUAGAACUACGCAUUAUUGAUGUCCCUGAAACAUUAGGUAAAAUAACCUCUGAAACUUGCGGAGAUGAAGUUCUUAAGGCACCAAUUAAACAUAGUUAUGUGAAUCCAUUCCAAAAUGGUCCCAAACGAUUCACACCCUGUUCUGUUACGCGUUUGGAUAAUAGCGAAACAGAUUGUUCAUCAAAACCGGAUUUGAAAAGCAUCCGAGCUACACCAUCCUUCGAAAUUAGGCAAAGGACUGAAAAGCAAGAUGACACUCGGUCUCGAUUUGGUUUCCUUCAUCCGUUCAUAAGGAAUCAGAAAUUAUUGAAUGUUGAAGGUCCAAUAACAAUGGCUGCAUUGGAGAAAAAUGGCACAAAGAAUUGUAUAGAUUCUUUAUCCUUAUCAGGACAUGACAGUAGGGAAGAGAGGCUUGCUAUGAAACCGCCGCUAUCGAAUGUAAAUAUCCGAAGCUGUGGAUCAAAUAACAAUAUGAAUAAUGUAAAGCCAGAGGAGGAUGACGAACAUCAUGAUGCUAACGAUUCUCUCAAAAAUGCUUAUCGCAUAUUUCUUGAGAAUUCGGUUGUUGCAGCAUUAGCAGGUAUUUUCACUAACGGUGUUAUAACAGUUUACCGAUCGUUGAUGGAACUCAUAUCUGAGGCUUCACAUAAAGCGAAAUCACCAAAACCAUUGAGUGGACAAGUAGCUUUAGUAACUGGUGGUGCGCGAGGUGUUGGUAGAGGGGUUGCGUUGCAACUUAGUGAAGCUGGAGCAACGGUGUAUAUUUCGGGACGGAAACCGGGUUCGACCCCAGGCAUACCUACUUUGCAUGAUACCGUCAGUGAAAUUUCAAGGAGAGGUGGUAAAGCUGUUGCGAUUUACUGCGAUCACAGCAAGGAUGAUGAAGUUAAAGAACUUUUUGAAAAAAUUGCGAAGGCCGAAAACAAUCGAUUGGAUGUGCUGGUCAACAAUGCUUUCUCAGGAGCCAUUGCAAUGGAAAAAAAUGUCGGUAAAAAGUUUUUUGAAUGUCAGCCAUCAUUUUGGGAUGAAAUAAACAAUGUUGGUUUGCGAAACGUUUAUAUUUGUUCAGUGUUAGCUUCACGUAUGAUGGCCGCGCGUCAAAAAGGAUUAAUUGUGAAUAUCAGUUCAGCGGCAAGCAUACGCUAUUUUUUUAAUGUGCCCUACGGAGUGGGUAAAGCAGCUAUCGAUAAGAUGUCUGCGGAUAUGGCGGAAGAGCUAAAGGAUUAUAGAGUGGCGGUGAUGUCACUGUGGCCUGGAACAGUGAAAACUGAAAAAUCAUACGAUUGGUUGAAGUCUGGAAUGCUGAGUAAACUUACGAGAAUGCCUCAGACUAAAAUAGAGCGCAUGGUAGAAAAAGGAGAAACUCCUGAAUUUGUUGGGCGAAGCGUGGUGUGUUUGGCCUGCGAUAAUCGAGUGCUGAGGAAAACUGGAUGUAUACUUUUAACGGGUGAUCUGUGCAAUGAAUAUUUGUUUCUUGAUAAUGAUGGAAAAAUCCCUUCAAAUAUGAGGAGCGUAAGUGUUGCAUUAGAUUUUUUUGGAUUCACAGCAAUGGCGAAAUUGAUACCAAGCUUCUUGAAAGUUCCAGCCACAUUUCUUCAUUUGUCGUCUAAUAAAUUUUAUAAGCUGUAA